AUGGAAGAGAUUUCUAAAUCUAUUUGGGAGACGGUAUCGUGGUGCAUGAUAUUCACAGACGACAUAGAGCUGGUAGCAGAAACUAUAGAUGAGGUUAGUGACAAAUUAGAUGAUGGGACAUCACCGGUAAGUGAAUCAGAGGUGUCCAUAGAUAGAACUGUUGUUAAGAGUACAACCAAGUACAAGUAUUUGGGAUCGGUCAUUCAAAGGGAUGGGGAGAUUGACGGGGAUGCAAAUCAUCGUAUACAGGCGGGUUGGCUCAAGUGGCGAGCAGCCACCGGAGUGUUAUGUGAUAGGAAAUUCCCAAGCAAGUUAAAAGGAAAAUUCUACCGGGCGACAAUUAGACCUGCUCUGCUAUAUAGGACCGAAUGUUGGCCUGUAAAGAAAAUUUUCGAACAUAAGAUGGAAGUUACAAAAAUGCGUAUGCUGAACUGGAUGUGUGGGUACACUUUGAUGGAUCGAAUUAGGAACCAAGAGUUUAGGGUCAGACUAGGGGUAUCCCCUAUAUCUGAAAAAAUGCGCGAGCAUAGAUUAAGGUGGUUUGGUCAUAUGCAGAGAAAGACUUUCGACACCCCUGUGAGGAGUGUAGAAAGCAUUAUAGUAGAGGGGAUAGGAGCAGUUGGAGACGACAUAUGCAUGUCCCAGACUUCUAUGUCCGCUUAG